CAGCCUCCAGAGCGCCUCCCUCUCAGACUUCCUCUCCCUGAAAAUACUCCUCCGACCGGACUUUCCUCUCCAGUUUGCCCGCAGAGGAGGAAGUGAACCCGGUGCGCACCGACAGCUCCUGCCUGGUUUUUCUCCAAACUUUACGCACCGUUCCGGUCCACAGAUCACCAUGUCUGUCCAGGCGAGGCAGAAGACGACGACCACCUACCGGACGGUGAGCCUGGCCUCUCCGGAGCCCGUGACGCGCACGGUGAUCUCCGGCGGCAAGGUGUCCCCGGUGUCUGCGGUCACUCAGGUGUCUCAGGUGUCGACGCUGCCGUACGCGCUGAACGGUUCGUACGAGGCGGUGCGCUACCUGGUGCCGGUGCAGCAGCAGCAGUCCUACGUCCCGGUGCAGCAGGCCGUCCAGCAGCAGUCCUACGUCCUCAUGCAGCAGCCGGUGAUGCAGCAGAUGGUUUCCCCGGUUUACCUGCAGACGAUGCCGCGGCUGAGCGUCAGCAGCCUGGAGUCCGACCUGCUGUACCAGCAGAGCGCGGUGGAGAGCGUCAGCGGGAAGUCUUCGUCAGUGUUCAGCCAGUCGUCCAGUCCCAUGAAGAGCCCGGAGCCCAGCAUCGAGGAGGAGGUGGUGGUGGAGGAGGACGAGGUGGAGGAGGUGGAGGAAGAGGAAGAAGAGGAGGAGGAAACAGUGGAGGUGGAGGAGGUGGAGAUCGUCAACGUCGUGCAGCAGAAGCCUCCGCCGGUGAUCCAGAAGAUCUCCAGGACGGAGGUGAGGACCGAGCUGAAGCAGACACCGGAGCCCACCAAGCUGGACACUCGCUACUUCGGGGAGCUGUUGGCCGACGUCUACAGGAAGAACUGCGACAUCCACACCUGCAUCAACGACCACGUGUCCAAGAUCCGAGGACAGAAACACCUGCUGGAUCCCAGCAACGACUACAAGGUGGAGAAAGAGGAGGUGGAGGCUUUGAUUCCUAAAGGAGCCACUGAACUGACCAAACAACAGAUGCGUUACCUGCUGCAGACUCGUCUGACUGCAGAUAAAAGCAUGCGUCUGCUGCUGUCCACCUUCAGCAGCCUGAGAGAGGAGCUCCUCCACAUGUCUGAGGACCUGAGGCGUCUGGAGGGAGAGAAGGAGUCUCUGGAGAGAGAUCUGAGCUUCAAAGCCGACCAGGCCCGACAGUAUGACUGUCUGCUGGAGGCCGUGAGGGAAAACAACCGCCAGCUGCAGACGUCUUUGAAGGAAACUAGCACCGCCCAGCGUUCCCUGGAGAGUCAGCUGAUGACCAGCAGAAACACCGACUCCACCCGAGAGUUCAAGGUCAAAGAGCUGGAAGGAAGACUGAGAGCGCUGGAGAAGGAGAACGAGAUGCUCCGACAGAAGCUGGCGGGUCAGGCCAGCAGCUCCACCCUGCAGGUGAAAACAGAGGAGCUGUCGCGUCAAUACAACGAGCAGCUGAGUGCCAUGAGGCAGGAGAAGGACCAGGAGAUCCAGAGGCUGAGGUCCCAGAUAACAAAGAUCCAGACGGAGGUCACCACCACACGCCCAUCGUCAGACAACAGCCUCCAGCUGAAGAUCUCUGAGCUUCUGGCCAUGUUGGAGCAGCGUCAGACCGUCAUCACCCGGCAGGAGGAGGAGAUCAGAAAACUGAUGCAGGAGAGAAACGACAGCUCCAAGAACAUCACCAAGACCAUCAUCACCAAGAGGUACAGGAACCAGUAUCCAAUCCUCGGGCUGCUCAGCGACGACUACCAGGUGACCUCGCCGGUCAAAGAAGCCAAAACCAUUGUCAUCGAGAGAACCGGAGAGAUGAUAAAACAGGAAAUCAUUACAACCCCUUAAAGACACACUGCUUCUCUCCGACAGGAAUGAUUGAACGACGAAGAAGACCUGGACUCACCCGUGCUCCCUGCAUGUUCCUCCCCUCCCUCAGGGCUCCCAGGGUUGGUGGUGGUCUCCCCCCUUUAAAUCCUCCCCACAGAUUUGGGGUCUUUUGGUUUGACCAAAUUGGGUUUGUUUAAGGUGACAAGUUUUGUUUUGGGCGUUUUGUUGUUAAUGAUUUUGUAGCUGUUUUUAGCAGUAAAAGAGAAUCAACAAUCACAGACCAAAUGUGUUGAGACGAUGCUACAGCCAGUUGUGGAUUUAGGUGGAAAUAAUGAUCAGGACAGCUGGAACUGAAUUCUUCUCUUUUCUCACCUUCAGAACAGUUUGGAGCAAAUCUCAGAUCACAACCAACAGAGCUGACACUAAAUGUGAUGAAAACUCUAGAUUUAACCAUUAAUCUCUCAUUUAAAACAAUGAAAACAGUUCCAUGAAAACCAUAUAGUCACUAUUUUGAAGAACACCUGUGUCUUAUCAGCAGAGCAGGGCUGGGAACUUUAUCAUGUCUCACUUGGUGGAAUCACUAACUGGUGAUUCUGCAAUAUACUGCAAAACAAUCCUCCGUGAUACAUCACAACGCUGGUAGGAAACCUCAAUAAAACAGCACAAAUUUAGAUCCCAUAGUCGUUGCUUGAUUGAUGAAGAACUGUUAGGAGUUUUAACUGAACCAUCAGGAACACGAACGCUGAGUUGUGUCGGUAUCACAGCAGAUUGUAUGGUGAUAUAUUGCUGCAGUGAUUACGUCCCAUCCCUGCUGGGCAGAUGAGCUGAGAAGUAGGUUUACAUUUGGCUCCACGUGGACGUCGUCUUCCUGGAUUCAGAAGGAGAUUCACCAAAAUGCUUGGAUGAAAAUGUUUUUUCUAAGUAAAACUAAAUGUCCUCUACAACAUGCUACCAAAGCACUGUCAGGUGAUGCAUUAUGAAGGCUUUUGCAAGGAAAUGUUAGUAAAAUCAGGUGAAGGUAUCGGUUGGAAUUUCUACACCAUAUUUAAAUACGAUUUAGGCAUAACUAUAAACUCUAAAGCAACUCCUCAAACACUGAUUUCACUUUCAUGAAGCUUCUAAUUGAGAGUUUUUGAUCUGGAAUGGAAUCGACAAACCCCUCAGACUAAUGCAGUCUAGUUCAUCACCACUAAAACUACAGUCACCUCAGUUAAUACCCAGCAGAGACAGAUAAAGCCUUUUUAGUGUUUGUAACGUGAAGUAUGAUGUACAGAAAUAGAUCUCUAAUAAAGCAGUGUGCUCUAGAACCCUGUUGUACUCUGGAUAUUUGCUGCAGUGUGGCCACUGAUGGUCUAAGUUCUGGUACUGAUACUUUGAGCGACAUAAACAUGUUCUGCAAAAAUCCAGUAAAGUUGUCUGAGGACAUACAACUGAACUAAGGAUUAGUCUAAAAUCUGCAGUUAUCUUUUAAAUCAAUACAUUUGAGUAAAGAUUGGAUCAGCAACACUACAAGAAGAACCAAAGUUUUAAAGUUGUGACUUUUCCACUACAACUUGUAGUCUUAAAGAGUUUGUGGCUGAACAGUUGGAAUAGUGUUUUAGUGCAGAUGCUGCUAUCAAGACACUUUGAGUGACACAAACAAAUGUCCACUGACAGAAGAAGCUUCAAAUAUAAAGCUCUGUCAAAACACAUGCAACUGUCCGAGAGAUUAGUCUGAAAUCUGCAGAAUUAUCAUUUACAUCAGUAAAUAUGAUUAAAAAUUAGAUCAACGAGACUACAAGUCUGCAACACAUUGGUUAAAACCAAAGAUCGAUACUCAAAUCUGGCCAUAAAGGUAAGAAAGAGUUAAAAAUAUGGGAAUUUUCUGCUACAACUUGAGUCUUAGCGAACCUAUGGCUGAAGAGUUGCAUUAGAAUCUACAGAUGGACCUAAACAAGUGGCCACUGAUGGUCUAAGUUCCAGUACUGAUACUACCGAUACUUACUGUUUACUACAUAAACAUGAUCUGCAAAAAUGUAUUUGACAAAAGACGCCUCAAAUGUAAAGCUCCGUUUAAACACAUGCAAUUAUACGAGAGAUAAGUCUAAAAUCUGCUAAAUUAGCAACUGAACAUUGGAUCUACAAAUCUGCAAAAUGCUGGUUAAUAAAGUUCAUGACAGAGCUCUGUAUAAAAUGUAAGUUUAAAAUGAAUAAAUUUGCCGUUAGAACUUGGAGUCUGAGCAGUUGCAUUAAAAUCGAAGAAGAUGGUGCUAAUUUGAUGUUUUGGUGCAGAAGCUACAAACACUUUGUAAACAUAUUCUGCAAAAAUCUAUUUGACAAAAGACUCAAAUGUGUCUAAAAUCUGCAAAAUGAACGUUUAAAGCAGCAAAAACGAUGAAAAAUUAGAGCAAGAAGAAGACAAAUCUGCAACAUGCUGGUUAAUACCAAAGUUUGAUGCUCAAAUCUUCCAAUAAAUGUAAGCCAAAGUUUAAAAUGUGUGAAUUUCCCACUGCAGCUUGUAGAAAAGGCCAUUUUUCUGUGGUUUGGAGCAGUUACUGGUCUCAGAUUUCAGCAGUAGGGUUCACUGAAGGGAAGACGAGGUGCCAUCGUGGAACCAAACACCUUCACAGAACAGCAGCUUCCAGUUGUCUCUAAAUACACCUUAAACCCAGACUGGCAGCUCGUAGCAUGAGAUCCUCCUGAAACCACCAGCCCUGAAGCCCAGGGAGGAGGACGUUAUGCAGUCUAUGAUCGCUAGUCUGCAUGUAAAUAUUUCUGUAUAUUUGUACCACGUGUGACUGUAGAGCAGCUGUGUGGUGUAUUUGAUGAACAUUUGGGAUCAAAAUGUUCUCAUCGGGUAGUUUCUGUAGUUCACCGUGUACUCCAGAGCUUCUUUUUUUGUUGUGCAUGGGUUCAUGUUAGCUUUGUGAUGUGUUUGUACUGUAUAUGAUGGUGGGAUCUGGGCGACGUCUCACAUCCAUGAGAGGAAAACGCUAAAAAGUGUCUCCCAUGGGUGUAACACAUCGCUGAGGGCGGGCAGGGAAACAUGCUGGAAUUUUGAGGCAUGAUUGUAUGGGCUAAUGAUGGUGGAAGAAUACUUUAAAAGCACAAUGUUACGUUAAGUGUAGAUUCAUUUUUCCGAGUUUUUCAGCUGGUUUCUGUUCAGGCUUUCGUGUCCACUGGGCAGCAGCUUCAAAAUGCUGCAGCCUGAAGUUUACAGAAAACAUGAAACUUUAGAUGCGGUUCUGUGUAUUUAUUAUCACUUCAAAGAACUCUCUUAGUAGUUCAGCAUACAGACGUUUCACUGCAUUGUUGAAAACAAGCAUUUUUUUGUGGUUUGACUCCCAAACCUGCUUUAGCGGUAGAACAACUGUAGCUGGGGUUAGCAGUUAGCCGUUAGCUUGGUGUUUUAGUGGUCAGAACAACUGUAGCUGGGGUUAGCAAUUAGCCAUUAGCUUGGUGUUUUAGCAGAACAACUGGAGCUGGGAUUAGCUGUUAGCCGUUAGCUAACUGUUUUCCAAUCAUUAAACUGUGGCUGGGGUUAGCUGUUAGCCGGUAGCGGGGAUUAGCUUUUAGCCGUUAGCUAACUGUUUUCUGAUUACUCCAACUGUAGCUGGGGUUAGCUUUUAGCUGUUCGGGUUAGGCUGCAUCGCAUACUGAAUAAAACAGUAAUAUUCUAGCUGUAUAUGUAUAAAACACGAGUAAUAAUUCUACAUGUUUAUAACAACAGUGAAGUCAUUAUUGAACUUUUCAUUUCAUCUGAAUCGUUUUUAAGUGUUUCAAUAUACAGUCGUCCUUCUUUUAAGUGACUAAUUCUUAGAAACAGCACUUCAAACUAUACAGAUCUUCCUUAUCCUGACAUUUUAUUCUCAUUAUUAUUAUAUAUUAUAUGUGUGGAAAGAUAAAUACAAAACUGAAUAAAACAUCUAAACCUAUUCCUUCCCAUUUAGUUUUCUUAAAUAUUUGGAACAUUAUUAUUCAUUAUUCUGAGUUUCUACUGGUUGUUAUGGAGCUUUUUUAAAGUGUAUUUCUGGAACGCUUGCAUGCUUUAAUUCUACAGCUGCUGUGGCGUCAGAAGGAGUUUUACAUUGAGUUUAAUUUUACAGUUUACUUUUUACAGUUUGUGGAGCACAUAGAGGUUCUGGAUUAACAGGCUGCAGAUCCACAAACACCAAAACACAAUGUGAUCUGACAGCUGCCCACUGGACACUGAGCCACAUGUUAGCUGGAAGCCUGUAAAAACUGUUGAUGCUGUGGACCUCAAUGCCUUAAUGUGUUUACCGUAUUAACAAGCUAAUGCUAUGCCAAUGCCACUGACCAGACAUGUUCCUGCUCCAAUCUCGUUAUAUGCUGUAUAAUGACAAUAAAGCAAAUUCUAUUCUA